UGCAAGGUUUGCUGGCUGGGUAAUCAGCAUGCUUAGAUGUUGUGGGAGGAGGAUCUCCACUUUCCCCUGUGCCAGGCUGCUGUCAUUGCUGGUUUGAGCAGAGCAGGCGUCCACAAGCACUGGGACAUUGCUGAUGUGUGUAACAAGGCUAAAAGCUCUGCCGUGCCAGCCUGCCUGAGUACACACAACCACACACCUGCAUGGGGGGACAGGAGGAUACAAACUAACAGCAUGCACGUCAUCUGACAGAGCAGAGCAGGAAGUGUGUGAGAGCAGUGCUGGGCUGCUCGGCAGGUCUCUGACAUGGACUGCUAGCAAUCUUGGGGAUCUGUACUUGCACUGUCCCAGCAUAGAGAUGGCGGCAUCUAGUAACUCCAGUCUGUCAGGAUCUUCAAUCUCAUCAGAUGCAGAGGAAUACCAGCCGCCCGUAUGGAAAUCAUACUUGUAUCAAUUGCAACAGGAAGCUCCUCGGCCAAGAAGAAUUGUAUCCCCUAGAGAGGUGGAGAACAGACCCAAGCACUAUGGACGAGAGUUUCAUGGUAUAAUUUCUCGGGAGCAGGCGGACGAGUUGCUGUGCAAUAUGGAAGGAGCGUACCUCAUUAGAGAGAGUCAGAGACAAUCCGGCUGCUACACGUUGGCCCUCAGAUUUGGUCACCAGACGUUAAACUACAGACUUUUCUAUGAUGGGAAGCACUUUGUGGGAGAGAAGAGAUUUGAAUCGAUCCAUGAUUUGGUAACAGACGGCCUUAUAACAUUGUACAUAGAGACAAAAGCUGCUGAGUAUAUUGCAAAAAUGACAAAAAAUCCCAUUUACGAACAAGUUGGAUACACGUCUUUACUGAAAGAGAAGGUCACGAGGAGACUAAGCAGGACGAAAAAUACAUCAAAGAAAACGCAGCUAUCACGUGAAGCAAAUUCCUCUGUGGAAAAGAUCACUUCGCUGGUCAGAAGAGCGGCCUUAUCGCAGAAUGACAACAAUUUCAAUUACGAGAAAGCGCACAACUUCAAGGUCCAUACUUUCCGAGGACCACACUGGUGUGAAUACUGUGCCAAUUUUAUGUGGGGUCUCAUUGCUCAGGGGGUCAGGUGCUCAGACUGUGGACUAAAUGUACACAAGCAAUGCUCCAAGUAUGUGCCAAGUGACUGCCAGCCUGACCUCAAGCGUAUAAAGAAAGUGUACAGCUGUGAUCUCACAACAUUAGUGAAGGCACACAAUACUCCUCGACCUAUGGUAGUUGACAUGUGUAUCCGAGAGAUCGAAGGAAGAGGUCUGAAGUCAGAAGGUCUCUACAGAGUUUCAGGAUUUACCGAGCACAUUGAAGAUGUAAAAAUGGCCUUUGAUCGAGAUGGCGACAAGGCUGACAUCUCCUGUAACGCAUACCCUGACAUAAACAUAAUUGCAGGUGCUCUCAAGUUAUAUUUCCGGGACUUGCCUAUUCCAGUGAUAACCUACGAUUCAUACUCCAAGUUUAUAGAAGCAUCCAAAAUCGUCAAUCCAGAUGAGAGGUUAGAAGCCGUACAUGAAGCACUGAUGCUCCUGCCUCCAGCACAUUAUGAGACGCUCAGGUUUCUGAUGAUACACCUCAAAAAGGUUACGCAGAAUGAGAAGGACAAUCUGAUGUGUGCGGAAAACCUUGGAAUAGUGUUUGGACCUACACUGAUGAGGCCUCCUGAAGAAAAUGCAUUCACAUCUCUUAAUGAUAUGAGAUAUCAGAAGUCAAUUGUGCAGAUCUUAAUACAACACGAAGAUGUAUUAUUCUGAAUAAAUGAAGGUCCGACGCUUCCAGUCAGCGCUUUGAACGGCCAGUUCAGGGCUGUGCAGAUUUAUACUGUAAAGUUCACUAGCUGAACUCAGAAUUCUGUUGUGUUGCAGGACACAGAACAUGCCAAAAUAUUUAAUAUGACAUGUGUCUCAUAGACAUAUGAACAUGUCUCCUUUAAUAGAGGGGGAACAUUUACCCAGAAAAUGUAGUAGAACCUCCUUUACUGUAUCCAAAAAGAAAAAUGUAUUUUUGAAUUGAAUUUUCAAAUUUAGACUGAAUGAAGUAAUGCUGUCUAAGCAUAGCCUAUUUUUUUUUUUCUUAAGAUUACCUGAACUGCGAUCUUUGUACAUUUUACUUGUUCAUACUGACGUACGGAAAUAUUUUUUGUGUUUCAUUUUGCAGUUGUGUAAAAUGGUAUGUUUCACCAAGCAGUAUGAAGUAAGAGAAUAUUAAGUAAUUAUUCACUUCAUAGAUUUAUUCCUUCAGAAAAAAAAAUCUAAUCGCUUUAAAAAUAAUAUAAUAUUAGUUUGAGUUGAAUUAUCAUUUAGGGUUUUUCCACUAAACAAAGGAAUUGUGGGGAAUGAAAGCAAGAUGGCCACUAUAGAAAUAUAGUUGGAGUUGAAUACAUUUUCCAAUCAAGCUAUUUUUACCUAAAAUCUGCAAUCUUAAAAGCCCAACAGGAACAACAGUGAGAUAUACCUAUGUGUAUGCUCCCAUAUAUGUAAAACGCGUAGGCAAUCUAUUUUGGGUGUACUUUAACUCUCUCUGAGUCAUUCUUUUAGUAUUUUUUUUAUAUAUAUUCACAUUAAUCAUGACACAUGAGCUUAGAAUUGUAUUGAUGUUCCUGCAGUGGAUUCAGAUUUCAGUUUUUGAGUACCGGUAAUCAAGAAGCAGAAUUCACAUAUAUCAUUCCCUGAGAAGACCUACAUACCACCUGGCGUGCAACCAAGUUUGCUAAAAAUGUCCUAAAAUCUGCAGUCCCCUUGUCAAUCCUCCCCAAAUCCUUGUCUAGUGAAAAAUCCCUUGAAUUCAUUUUCAAAUUUCUUUAAUUUAUCAUUGGGAAAAUGUCUCAACAUUGAUUCUUUUUUUU